AAGAAACUUUUCAUGAAGACUUCCAAGAAGAAAAUUUUCAAGAAGUAAGUCAUCAAGAAAAUUUUCAAGAAGAAAGUUACCAAAAUUUUCAAGAAAAUCCUCAAAUAUUUACUUUUAAAAAACUUGCGAGAUGGCUAAUUGCAGAUUUGAAGAAAUAUUUAGCUUUAAAUUGCCUAAAUCAAGAUAAAGAUAUUAUAGAGUUUUAUGUUCAAGUUGUUGCUAAUCGACAAGGUUAUAGUCAAGUAUUACCUCAAGAGAUUAUAUUUAGUUCUAAUUUAAGUAAAAGAAAAUGCAAGAUUAUAAGUAGUCAAACAUUAUUAUCUAAAUUUUUAGAGA